AUGCGCGAAAGCACCAACUUAGAAGGAAGCCCUUUUAAGUACUCUCAAAACAACAUCUUCGCAGCCGCUGGUUGCGGAGCCAUUGUUCUGAUGUAUUCGGGCGAAGCAUCCAUUGGUGGAUGCUCCUCCAUUUGUAAUGACACAGCUUAUGGUAAUAGCUGCAAUGGUAUAAAUUGCUGCCAGACAACCAUACCAUCAAAUCUCAAAUCAUUCAACACAAGUUUUCUCAACCUUCUGGGUGAGGGUAGCGGAAAUCAAUGUAAGUUUGCAUUCAUGGUGGACCAACGGUGGUUGGAAUCAGGUUGGAUGAAUAUUUCUGCAAUCCAUGAGAUGGUUGAUGUUACUGUGGAGCUUAAUUGGGAGCUGUAUCAUUAUUCAACCUAUGAUGUAUUUGGGACUUUUGUGGAAACCAAUAGCACGAUUUUUGCAGAAUACAAUUGCUAUAAGGACAAUGAAACAUCCGAAUAUGGUUGUUACAGAAACUCAUAUUGCUAUAUUUAUACUGGAACGGUAGGUCAGCUAAGGCUUCAGUGUACAUGCGGGUGGGGCUCCGAAGGAAACCCGUAUCUUCACGGAGGAUGUAAAGGGGUGUUCAAGCUCAAGAAAGAUGGCAGCGGAAGGGUGGUGAAACACAAAGCCCGAUUGGUGGUCAAAGGAUUUCUUCAGAAGAAAGGAAUUGACUUUGAUGAGAUUUUUUCACCAGUGGUAAAAAUGACUUCAAUUCGAGUCAUUUUUGGUUUAGUAGCAAGUCUAAACCUAGAGCUUGAGCAGAUGGAUGUGAAGACAGCAUUUCUUCACGGUGAUUUACAUGAAGAAAUCUACAUGGAGCAGCCAGAAGGAUUUGAGGUUUCAGGGAAAGAAAACCUCGUAUGCAAGCUAAAGAAGAGCUUGUAUGGCCUCAAGCAAGCACCAAGACAAUGGUAUAAGAAGUUUGACUCAUUUAUGGUGAGUCAAGGUUAUAAAAGGACUGCAGCAGACCAGUGUGUUUAUAUUCAAAAAUUUUCAGGUGGAAACUUCAUUGCACUUUUGCUAUAUGUGGACGACAUGUUGAUCGUUGGACAAGAUGCAAUGAAGAUUAGUAAGCUGAAGAAAGCAUUGUCUAAGUCCUUUGAUAUGAAAGACUUAGGACCAGCUCAACAAAUUUUGGGAAUGCAAAUAAUCCGAGACAGGAAGAAUAGAAGGUUAUGGCUAUCUCAAGAGAAGUAUGUUGAACGGGUGAUAAAGAGAUUCAACAUGGAUAAAGCCAAACCGGUCAGCAUUCCACUUGCAAAUCAUUUCAAGUUGAGUAAGAGAAUGUGCCCCUCAUCCAAAGAAGAGAUAGAGGAGAUGGCUUCAGUACCAUAUUCUUCAGCGGUAGGAAGUCUGAUGUAUGCAAUGGUGUGUACCAGACCAGACAUUGCUCAUGCAGUAGGUGUUGUGAGCAGAUUUCUUUCAAAUCCUGGAAAGAAACACUGGGAAGCAGUCAAAUGGAUUCUCAGGUAUCUUAAAGGUACAUCGAAGCUGUGCUUGUGCUACGGGGGAGGUGAUCCAAUCUUAGAAGGCUAUACAGGUGUUGGCAGCGGCGUCCUUGGAUUGUUGUUUCUAUCGGCUUCGGCAUGGUUGCUAACUAAGUAUAUGAGAAAAAGACGCAUAGAAAAGUUUUUCAAACAAAAUGGUGGAUUGUUGUUACAAGAACAAUUAUCUUCAGGGGAAGCCAAUAUUGAGAAAACCAAGUUGUUUAAAUCAGAUGAGUUAGAGAAGGCAACUGACCAGUUUAACAUGAACAGAGUUCUUGGCCAGGGAGGUCAAGGUACUGUUUACAAAGGAAUGUUGGCAGAUGGAAAAAUUGUUGCUGUCAAGAAAUCUAAAAAGGUUGAUGCAUUCAAAGUUACGGAGUUCAUUAAUGAAGUUGUCAUUCUUUCACAAAUUAAUCACAGGAAUGUUGUGAAACUACUGGGAUGUUGUUUAGAAACUGAAGUUCCUCUGCUAGUUUAUGAGUUUAUACCAAACGGAACAUUGUUUCGGUAUAUCCAUGAUCAAAAUGAGGACUUUCAACUAACAUGGGAAACCCGAUUACGAAUUGCAAAGGAAAUUGCAGGAGCUUUUUCCUACUUGCAUUCUGCCGCUUCCUUUCCCAUUUAUCACCGUGACAUAAAGUCUUCAAAUAUUCUCCUAGACGAAAAGUACAGAGCAAAAAUAGGAGAUUUUGGAACUUCAAGAUCGGUUACCAUUGAGCAAACACACCUCACCACAUUAGUAUAUGGCACAUUUGGAUACUUGGACCCUGAGUACUUCCAGUCAAGCCAGUUUACCGAUAAGAGUGAUGUAUAUAGCUUUGGGGUGGUUCUUGCUGAGCUGUUGACAGGACGAAAACCAGUUUUUAUUGAGGCAGAGGAAGGAGGAAGUCUUGCAGCGUCUUUCAUUCUUUCCAUGGAAGAUAAUCGUUUGUUUGACAUUGUUGAUGCUCAAGUUUUGAAGGAAGCAACUGGCAAAAAAGAAGCAAUAAUAGCAGUUGCUAAACUUGCGAAAAGAUGCUUGGAUUUGAGUGGAAGGAAAAGACCUUCGAUGAAAGAAGUGGCAAUGGAUCUGGAGCGAAUUCAAAAAUCAGUUAAAGCUUCUAAUUAUGUUGAGCAAAAUGUUGAAGUGGUUGAAUUUGAUCGAAAUCAAAUGACUGCACCUUGGGAUGAUGUUUCGAUAUCGACAUGGUCAGCUUCUUAUGGUGGUAUUGCUUCCUCAUCGGAUAUGGAAGCACCUCUAAAUGAGAAACAUAUGCUUACUUAUAAGUAAUUUCCUUUUCCAUUUUUUGUUAAUCAUCAGUAAAGAUAGUAAUAUAUAGAGCAUAUUAGCAAAUUGAAAAAUGCACAUUUGCUUUGAUGAAUUUCUUCAAUAUCAUCACAUAGAAUA